AUGACGGACGGCCACCACUUCAACAACAUCCUCCUCGGAGGGCGCGGUGGCACGAACCCUGGUCAGUUUAAAGUGUAUUCUGGUGGACUUGCAUGGAAGAGACAAGGUGGAGGAAAGACCAUUGAGAUUGACAAAGCUGAUGUAACCGCAGUUACUUGGAUGAAAGUCCCCAGAGCAUAUCAGCUUGGAGUCAGGAUUAAGGAUGGCCUGUUCUACAGAUUUAUUGGCUUCCGUGAACAGGAUGUGAGCAGCUUGACCAACUUCAUACAAAAGAAUAUGGGCGUCACACCAGAUGAAAAACAGCUUUCUGUUAGUGGCCACAAUUGGGGAGGGAUUGAUAUAGAUGGAAACAUGCUAACCUUUAUGGUUGGUUCAAAGCAAGCAUUUGAAGUAUCCCUAGCAGAUGUUGCACAAACCCAGAUGCAAGGAAAAACAGAUGUUCUCUUAGAGCUUCAUGUUGAUGAUACUACUGGAGCCAAUGAGAAAGACUCCCUCAUGGAUUUAAGUUUUCAUGUGCCUACUUCGAAUACUCAGUUUGUUGGGGAUGAGAAUCGCCCUCCGGCUCACAUUUUAUGGGAGACUAUAUUGAAAUUUGCUGAUGUUGGUUCUUCUGAAGAACCAGUUGUCACGUUUGACGGAAUUGCAAUUCUUACACCAAGAGGACGUUAUAGUGUUGAGCUUCAUCUGUCAUUUCUGCGACUCCAAGGACAAGCUAAUGAUUUCAAAAUCCAAUACAGCAGCAUUGUUCGCCUCUUUCUUUUGCCAAAGUCAAACAAUCCUCAUACGUUUGUUGUUAUCACUCUUGAUCCACCAAUCCGUAAAGGACAAACAUUGUAUCCUCACAUUGUUAUUCAGUUUGAGACAGAGGCAGUAGUUGAAAGAGACCUGGCAUUGAGUAAAGAGCUGUUGGUUGACAAAUACAAGGACAGGCUUGAGGAAUCUUACAAGGGUCUAAUACAUGAGGUAUUUACCAAAGUCCUUCGUGGUCUAUCUGGUGCUAAAGUCACAAGGCCAGGUUCUUUCAGAAGUUGCCAAGAUGGAUAUGCAGUUAAAUCAUCACUCAAAGCUGAAGAUGGACUGUUGUAUCCACUUGAAAAGGGUUUCUUCUUCCUGCCAAAGCCACCUACACUCAUUCUUCAUGAGGAGAUUGAGUUUGUUGAAUUUGAACGUCAUGGUGCUGGGGGUGCCAGUAUAUCAUCUCACUAUUUUGACCUCCUUGUCAAACUGAAAAAUGACCAAGAGCAUCUCUUCAGAAAUAUUCAAAGGAAUGAGUACCACAACCUCUUCAACUUCAUCAAUGGAAAGAACAUUAAAAUAAUGAACCUUGGAGGAGAUGGUCAAGGUGCAAGUGGUGUAGUUACAGAUGUUCUACGAGACACUGAUGAUGAUGCCGUUGAUCCACAUCUAGAGCGUAUUAAGAAUCAGGCUGGGGAUGAUGAAAGUGAUGAAGAGGAUGAAGAUUUUGUUGCGGAUAAGGAUGAUAGUGGAUCUCCUACUGAUGACUCGGGUGAUGAGGAAUCAGAUGCUAGUGAUAGUGGUGGUGAAAAAGAGAAAUCAUCCAAGAAGGAAGCAAGCAGUUCAAAGCCAGUUCAGAAAAGGAAGCCUAAGGGCAGGGAUGACGAAGGACAUGAGAAGAAAAAGGCAAAGAAGAAAAAAGAUCCUAAUGCCCCCAAAAGAGCAAUGACACCGUUCAUGUAUUUCUCAAUGGCUGAGCGAGGAAACAUGAAGAGCAGCAACCCAGAUUUGCCUACGACUGAGAUUGCAAAGAAGCUUGGGGAGAUGUGGCAAAAGAUGUCAAGCGAAGAGAAGCAGCCUUACAUCCAGCAGGCCCAGGUCGACAAGAAACGUUAUGAAAAAGAGUCCGCCGUCUAUCGAGGUGAAGCUACAGCUGAUGUGGAUUCUGGCAACGAGUCUGACUAG